UGAUGACUACUCUAGUAGUUUGGAAACACUGAUCUACUGGGAUCUACUAACUGCCACAUAGAGAGCACAGAUCCGAUUUUUUUUCGGGCGGAAAAAACAGUUUAUAUAAAUCCAUAUUAAAAGACAAUUAAUAACAAAAAAAAACAAUUAAGAAAAAAAUAUUUUCGUUAAAUGAAAUUAACAAUUGUCGAGACCAGUCGGGCACGCGAUAUGAAUCAACAAUCGAUGCCAUUAAACGGUAAACUAUCGCCAAAUACUACCACUACUACUACUUCGGCUACUAGUGCUGGACUAGCGAUGUCGUCGUCGUCAUCGUCAUCGAUACCAUCGCCAGAUCCUAACCAUCGCCAACAACAACAACAUCAGCAACAGUUGUCACCGAUAGCUAUUGCUGAUGAGGACAAUGGUAGUGGUGGUGGCGGUGGUGUUGGAAGUGCUAAUAACAAUAAUAGCAAUAACAAUGAUAUUAGUAUUGUUAACCAUCAUCAUCAUCAGCAGCAACAGCACCACCAGCACCACCAGCAACAACAAAAUGGACAUUUGGUUAGUCGGUUGCUAAUCAAUAAUAGCCAUCAUCAUCAUCAGCAACAACAACACCAGCAUCAGCAGCACCUGUCCAUGAUUGCCGCCGCAGCCGCGGCAAAUAACAUUGGUGGUGGUAGCGGUCGUAUGAGUAGUAACGGCGUACCACCGCCGCCGCCGCCGCUGCCGAUGAUCAGCGGCGAUCAAUUGGCCGACCAAUCGUUGUCGCCGCCGUCGUCCCUAUCGGCUGCCGGCGCUCGCAACGGGUUUGUCCAGUCGACCAGUGGUGGCACCCGUAACCCGAAGUGUUCAAAAUGCCGUAAUCACGGCAGUCACGUUCCCGUCAAAAAUCAUAAACGUUUUUGUCCAUGGCGCGAUUGUCAUUGUACCAAGUGCAAUCUAACUGAUGAACGUAAACGUAUAAUGGCUGCACAGGUAGCCCUUAGACGACAACAACAACAGGAGGAGGAACUGGGUCUCGUUCAUCCAGGCAAUGGUGGUGGUGGUAGUGGUCAGGGACAGGUAGUUAUCAGUGGUGGUGGUGGUGUCGGUAUUGGUGGUGUCGUAGGACAUCAUGGACCUCAUAUGGCAAUGGUUACCGGCGGCGGCAGUGGCGGCGAUAUUAACGGCGAUACCGACGAUGAAGUUAACAUCUAUGAUGAAGCCUCUAGUUCUUCGGGAUCGUCCACCAAUCAAAACUCUCUGAGCCGUUGUAGCGGUAAUAGUAGCGGUAAUGGUAGACCCGCAGCCGCAGCCGUCGGCAACAACAAAAUUUUAUAUAAUACCGAUAUUAUUGCUAAUAAUAAUAAUAAUAAUCAUAACUAUAAUAAUCAAAAUAAUAAUAAUAACCACAACACCAACAAUAAUAAUAACAACUAUAGUCAUACCGUCGGUCCGGGCAUCGGUAUCAACAACAAUGCCAAUAACAUCAUCAAUAACAGCAACAACAACAACAAUGCUAGCAGUGGUCAUAGUAUCGGUAAGCUGGCCAUGUCGUCUGCAUCAGCUGCCGGUAGUGUCCUUAUCGAUCGUAAGCCAUCGCCGACCAGACUGAUGGCUGGAGUGGCCGACAACAACAACCACCACCACCUCAACAACAACAACAACGCCGACCAUCACCAACAUCAUCAUCAUCAAAAAGUUGACCACCAAAUGCGCCACCGGAUGGGCCGCAUGUAUCGCAACAUUUGGGACGAGUUGGCCACCAAAAUAUCUAUCGAAGAGAUCGCCCGGUGCGCUAUUAUUGCACUGUUAAACGAUAAGAUGGACUACGAUGACGCCUAUAAGGCCAUUAUCAAUGCUAAGAGACAGAUGUUUUUCGAUGAGUUAUCAUCGCCGACGUCGGCAUCGACACCGCCGGUCAGCAAUCACUCAGUCGGCGGCGGUAGUAUUGGCUCCGAUACGCCGCCCGAAACACCUGUAGUCAACCGGUUUCUGAAUCUACAGUUUUGCCAUUAUAUGGACGACCAGCGACUGUCGUCACAUCACGCGGCGGCGGCGGCCGCAGCGGCUGCAGCCGCCGGACUGUCGCCGUCGUCGAUUGCUUCGCGGCUGAACAACAUCCACCACAGCAACAGCCACAGCCAACACCAUCAUCACAACAGUGGCAGCGCCUACCGAUCGGCUGCCACAUCGGCUGCUGCUCACUAUAUGUCGUCGCCGACAGCUGCGGCCGCAGCGGCAGCCGCUGCUGCCGUCUAUCUAAGGCCCGAGUGCUCGGCCGCCUUGUCCUGGGCUCACAAUAUACCGUUGUCGUCGGCGGCCGCUGCUGCGGCUGCGGCAGCCAAUCAAAAUAAUAAUAACGAAGCACUAUCGCUGGUCACUAGACGAUCGACGGCCAGUGGCGGCGGCGGCGGAAACGGUAGCACCGGUGGCGGCACUGGAUCGGCAUUCAGCCGGGCAUCCAUAAGAUCUAUGUCACAGUCCAGGUCGGUAUCGCCCGUUGAGCCAUAAUAUAUGACUGGCCAUUAUUAUUAUUAUUUUUUUUGUUGUUGGUAUAGUCAUCACUAAUUACUAU